CUCUUGACUAUCAUACCGAUAAACACACAGAAAGCAUUCAAGUACGAAAAAAUGGGUUGUAAUAACUCGAAGUGGGAGGAAAAUACAGAACAAAGGUCGUUUACGUUAUGUUGGAGGAAACGGAACAAGGUUGCGUCCAUCCAUGUUCCUGUGGCACACAAAACUGGGCCAUCGUACGACUCUGAUAUUGACAACACCACACGUAAAACUGAACAGACGGUGUUGAUGCAGCUUAAGGAGGAGGGAAUAGUCCCAAGGAAGGGAGAUGGGGGCGUGGCCUUCGUUGUGGAGUUUGACGAUUCCGAAUCUGACGAUUUGACAUCUCUUGCUCUCCCCGGUACUCCUGGAUACAGAAGGAAAUACCCCCAGUACGCCACACACUCCUGGGAGGCAUGCAGAGCUGUGAUCUAUGGACCUCCACGUCGUCUUCCUCCGUUAGACAGGGCAGCUAUUGACGACAAACAGACAAAGGCAAAACGGAAUCGAGAAAGGAAGGCAGCUGAACGAAAAGCCAAAUGGGCCAGAAGCUAUGCAAGAGUUCAGGCAACGAUGCAGAAGACAGUCGAUUGA